UCUUUUCCAGUCUUCGAGUGGCUCUUAAUGAGUGUAGUCUUCUUGUGCGGAAAAAUUCGAAAAUUUCGAAAAUCAACAAAUUUCUUUUGGUCAAAGUAAACAAACACAAAAACAACAUAGUGGAAUUAGUGGAAAUUUAUGAAACGAAAAUGAAGCAGUCAAACUGUUAAAAAAUACAAAUAAUUAAUUUCGAGCGCCAAAAAAAUUUAAACUGAAUCACCGUUACACACCGUUAACAUUUUAAGUCAUUAAGUAGCAAAUAAAUUUACUUUUAAGAAAAAUAUGUCUGAUUUGUCGUCUAUCGAAAUGAGUUCAGUCGAUCGUCCGGUAAAUCGUUUCCAGGUCAAUCCUGUGAACCACAAAGUAAACGAGACAGUACAAUUGGAUGUGCCACAAGAGGUCUAUCGUCGUUUAGUCAAUAGUGAUGGCGAGCCAUUAGAGGAUGAUACUUUCAAUGAGGACGCCACAGAAAUUUUGAAUAAACAAAAUUUACAACGAACACAAAGACAAUCCAUCAAAAGCAGUUUUCGUGAUAAAGACAAACCGUCGCGGUUCAAGGAUACACAAUCGCAAACGCGAUUUCAAGUAGCGCCGCAAAAUGAAGAAGACUCCGACGACUCCAGCGGCAGCAAGGAGGACCGUGAAUUGUUGGACAAUGAAUAUGACACGAAAUAUGGCAAAAGUUUUCGACACUUCACGCGCGAAGCUUUGCCACGUUUGGACAACUAUCGGAAUAUCAUGUCCAUACAAGCCGCCUAUCGGCCUACGCUAGAUGAGUUGCAUAAUGCAACGCUGACCGGAAAGAGUGCCAGCUUAAAUCGCAAUCAGGAUCCGGAAGCGGGCAAUAUGAAUGGUGCACUUAAAUUCGGUUGGAUUAAGGGCGUUUUAGUCCGUUGUCUACUCAACAUUUGGGGUGUUAUGCUGUUUCUGCGUCUCAGCUGGGUCGUGGGACAAGCUGGCAUUAUAGAGGGCUUCAUACUGAUUCUGACAACCACAGUGGUUACCACCGUAACGUCAUUAUCUAUGUCGGCGAUUAGUACAAAUGGUGUUAUUAAAGGAGGUGGGACAUAUUAUAUGAUAUCACGUUCACUGGGUCCGGAAUUUGGCGGUUCAAUUGGUCUUAUAUUUUCACUGGCGAAUGCCGUCGCCUGUGCCAUGUACGUGGUGGGCUUCUGUGAAUCGAUGUUGGAUUUGUUACGCAGUUUUGGUCUCAGUAUUAUUGAUGGCGGUAUUCAAGAUGUGCGCAUUAUUGGUUGUAUAACCAUAACCAUACUACUUGUUAUUGUUGUUGUUGGUAUGGAAUGGGAGGCUAAGGCACAACUUGGUUUACUCGUCAUAUUGUUGGUAGCUAUAGGUGAUUUCUUGAUCGGUUCAUUGAUUGGACCGAAGAGCGAUGUGGAGAAAGCUGAGGGUUUCGUCGGCUACAAUUUUACAAUAUUUAAGGAAAAUCUUAUAUCCGACUAUCGAAAGGAAAAUGGCGUACAACAUGAUUUCUUCUCGGUCAUUGCUAUCUUCUUCCCAGCAGCAACUGGUAUUUUGGCUGGUGCCAAUAUCUCUGGUGAUUUAAAGGACCCACAAAAAUCCAUACCAAAAGGUACACUCUUGGCCAUCUUAAUUUCAACUGCAACUUAUCUCUUGAUGGUACUCGUCUGUGCUGCCACAGUGGCACGCGACGCCACCGGAAAUUUGGCAGACAUGGCAAAUGGCUCCUUUGCGUUUUUAAACUGUACACAAGGUGACUGCCAUUAUGGCUUGCAAAACUCAUUUCAAGUCAUCGAACUUGUUUCCGGCUUCGGACCAUUGAUUUAUGCCGGCUGUUUUGCGGCAGCUAUUUCAUCGGCCUUGGCCAGUUUAGUCUCAGCCCCGAAAGUAUUUCAGGCAUUGUGUAAAGAUGAACUCUAUCCGAAAAUUGUGUGGUUCGCCAAGGGAUAUGGUAAAAACAAUGAACCUUUCCGUGGCUAUGUGCUGACAUUUAUCAUCGCUGUUGCUUUCAUUUUAAUCGGCGAACUCAACUUGAUCGCACCGCUUAUUUCGAACUUCUUCCUUGGCGCCUAUACCCUAAUCAAUUUCAGCACCUUCCAUGCCAGCUUAGCCAAACCAGUUGGCUGGCGUCCGACCUUUAAGUACUACAAUAUGUGGCUCAGUUUAGUCGGUUCGAUACUCUGUGUAGCCGUUAUGUUCCUUAUCUCAUGGGUAACGGCACUCAUCACUUUCGCCGCUGUAUUGGCGUUAUACUUAAUUGUCGCGUAUCGCAAACCCGAUGUCAAUUGGGGCUCCACAACGCAAGCGCAGACCUACAAGAAUGCGCUGAUAUCGGUGCAGCAGCUCAAUAAUGUGGAGGAACAUGUGAAGAAUUAUAGGCCACAGAUUUUAGUGCUGUCGGGUUUGCCGAAUACACGACCGGUGCUCGUUGAUUUCGCCUAUAUGUUGACGAAGAAUCUUUCGCUACUCGUUUGUGGACAUGUGCUGCGUGGCACGAGCUCUCAACGCUAUAGAAAUUAUUUACAAGAACGCGCCACCAGCUGGUUCCGUAAACAUUGCGUUAAGGGUUUCUACUCACUCGUGGACGGCGAAGAUUUGGAGGCAGGCUCGCGUGCUUUAAUGCAGGCCUCUGGUAUUGGCAAACUGAAACCGAAUAUUCUACUCAUGGGCUAUAAAAAUGAUUGGCAGACUUGCGAUAAGAAGGAUUUGGAUCAGUAUUUCAAUAUAAUGCACAAGGCUUUGGACAUGUAUCUAUCGGUUGCCAUCUUACGCGUACCGAAUGGCCUCGACUGUUCGCAAAUUUUGGGUGAUGAGAGUAGCGCUGCCAAAAUUGUAAAUGACAUACCACGCACACUCCAGCCGAACGAGAGCUCGGCCGAUUUAAUGUCCGCCGAUAGAAGCGUACAGAAUGGUCUCAGUGGCAGCAUGGACUCGUUAAGUCGCAAUGUUUCACAAGAUGCUGGAGACUCGCCUAGAACAGAGAAUGGCUUGAAACAAUUAAAAACCUCCAGCACCAGCGAUUUAUCAUUCAUGGCAGGCACACAAGUUAAAGAAGUUUCCGGUUUACCAGAUCCGGUGGAUCCAAAGUCACCACAACUAUUGACCAAUUCACUACGCAAAUCUAAGUUGAAGCAUAAUGACCCCGCCUCGCUGUAUAAGGGUCCCGGUGGCGCAGAAUUACCGAAGGAAGUACUAAUGGAACUUUCACAGUUCACACGCAAGCGCAGUCAUGCCGUUAUCGAUGUUUGGUGGCUUUACGAUGACGGUGGUCUAACACUACUUUUGCCUUACAUAAUCAGCACAAGACGCACAUGGCAAUCGUGCAAAUUGAGAGUAUACGCUUUGGCGAACAAAAAGGCCGAAUUGGAAUUCGAACAGCGUUCGAUGGCUAGUUUGUUGUCGAAAUUCCGUAUUGACUAUUCAGAUUUGACGCUAAUUCCCGACAUAACGAAGAAACCGCAAGAAACAACAACCGCUUUCUUUAAUGAACUUAUCAAGGACUUUGUGAGUAGUGAGAAAGAUAAUGGGCCCUCAAAUGUGGUAGCCGAUGAAGAAUCAAUAAUCACCGAAGACGAUUUAAUGGCCGUACAAGACAAAACCAAUCGUUACCUGCGUCUGCGCGAAUAUUUACACGAGCAAUCUAUGAAAUCCGAUCUGGUCGUGAUGACGCUACCAAUGCCGCGCAAGAAUAUUGUAUCGGCACCGUUAUAUAUGGCGUGGUUGGAGAGUUUGAGUCGUGACAUGCCGCCUUUCCUUUUCGUGCGCGGCAAUCAAACAAGUGUUUUAACCUUUUAUUCGUAGAAAAUUGCACCUGAACCAAUACAUACAUAACCAAAUUGUGUGUAUGUCUGGAUUUAUGUACAUAUAUACAUACAUGCUUAUAAAUUAAUGUAUAAGUACAAUGUCACUUUAUAAAUACUGCGUGCACAGGCACUAAGACAAUCAA